GUUAUGCAACCAGGAGCUGAACUGUGACCAAAACCUCUGCUGCAAAUCACAGGAGCUGCUCUCUCAGGCUCAGUGUGUUGUAUUCUUGCCUGGCUGUGUCCACAUGACAUUAUUUACUCAUCGCACUGGACAGGAAGUGGGACUUAGCUGUGAAAUGUGCAGGACCAUAAUUGACGACUAUUUGAGCAAACAGCACAGCUUAUCCUAAAAAUAAAGGUGAUAACGUUACCGCAGCCACGACAAUGCACUUGUCCUUACUUUGCCUCGCCAAGCCUGUUCUUCAUGGAUACUUCAGAAGCUCCUGCUCCUGGAGGGUUCGCAUCGCUUUUGCUCUUAAAGGAAUUGAGUAUGACCAAGUUCCAGUCAAUCUAAUCAAGGAUGGAGGUCAGCAGCUCACUGAACAGUACAAAGCAUUAAACCCAAUGCAACAAGUGCCUGCAGUGGAAAUUGAUGGCAUCACCCUUUCUCAGUCACUGGCAGUGAUCCAGUACAUAGAUGAGACCAGGCCGGGACCUCGGCUCCUUCCAGCAGACCCGAAGAAACGUGCCCAGGUUCGGAUGAUAAGUGACCUCAUCGCCUCUGGGAUACAGCCUCUACAGAAUUUGUACGUGAUCCAGAAAAUAGGAGCAGAGAAGUUGCAGUGGGCUCAGCACUUCAUCGAUCGUGGUUUCCAAGCUCUUGAGCCCAUUCUGAAGCAAACAGCAGGAAAAUACUGUGUAGGAGAUGAGAUAUCCAUGGCAGACAUCUGUUUGGUCCCACAAGUCUUCAACGCAGAGAGGUUCAAAGUGGAUGUCGGGCAGUAUCCAACUAUCAAAAGGUUAAAUCAAACCUUAGUUGAGAUUGAAGCUUUCAAAGUGAGCCACCCAUCCUGCCAACCAGACACACCUGCUGAUCUGCGAGCAUGAAACAGCAGCUUGGCUGCUACUCACACAGUCAUGUAAAUUUAUACAUUAUUAAAUAAAAUGAAAAAAAUAA